AUGAUUGCUGGCCAGUUCUUAGGCAAUGCCUUAAACAACAACAUGCUCGCACCAGGUCUAGCGCCUGAAGCUAUGGGUUGGGCCGGACCAGGAUUUGGCUGCGGAGCUCCCUUCGGUGCCCCCUACGGUCCAGGACCUAUGAUUGUCCCUGAAUUUGCACCCUUAGGGCCGGCCACUCUACCGUCAUCGAACGGUGGUGGCUUUAUGGUAUCAAGUAUAUCUCCUAUCGCUCCUAUGGGUGUGUCAAUUAUUUCUGACAACGAAUAUACAGGUCCAUUGGCUGUCGGCGGUCAACUCCCUUUCUUGGGUACCGUGGAAUUGGAAGGCGCUCUCCCAACAGCCGGCUCUGGUGCCGUUUCAUACGGCUGCGGCAAUGGAAAUGUUGGUAUGAUCAGCGAAGAUAUACUGCCCACACCUGAAAUGGCAUACGCCAACGGUUUCGGACCCGGUUUUGGACCUGGUUUCGGUCCCGGCUUCGGAUACGGAGCCGGAUUCCCCGGACCCAACUACGGUUUGGGAUCUGCCGGUUUGGGUUUGAAUGGCCUUAACAGAUGUGAAGCAAUUUAA